ACGAAUAAAUGUAUUAGCCAGCUAUUACUUCUGGGACGGUUGUCGCCGUGGUAACAGGCUGUCAAGCUCCGUUAUUAUACAAUUUUGUGUGGUAUCAAGCUGUAAACACAUUUCCCACCGCUGAUUUUCGCAGAUGUAGGCGCCGCUCAUGAUCCUUGGAUGGAGGAGCCGUCAGCAGUGACCCCCCCGUGCUGCAGGUGAUAUAGGAAGGCAGUGACGGCCUGGCCGAAUCUAGCACAGGACUGCCUCAAAAAGAUGAAGAAAAUCUUCAAUUUUACCAAGAAAAAGAAGCAUGGCACCCCUGACAACGGGAGCGUGCUGUCUGCCGGCUAUGACCUGAAAGACAAGGACCUCGGGAAGAUACAUAAGGCAGCUUUGCAGGCUGACCUGGCAAAGCUGAGGCAGCUUGUAAAGAAGAAUGAUAUCAACCAACUGGACAAGGACAACAGAACUGCUCUUCAUAUCGCUUGUGCCUCCGGUCAUGUGGAAGUGGUCCAGUUCCUUGUCGAGAAUAAAGCCAAGCUUAACCUAUGUGACAAUCAAAACAGAUCCGCCUUAAUGAAGGCAGUGCAGGGCCAGCACGAACGCUGUGUGAGCAUUCUGCUGGAGAAUCACGCAGAGCCCAACGUGGUGGACGUCAAUGGCAACACAGCCUUGCAUUUAGCUGCAAACAUCCCAUCCAUAUCCACAGCGGUGUUACUGCUGCAGCAUGGAGCUGAAAUCGACGCACAGAAUAAGGAGGGCUUCACCCCUUUGGCUGUAGCAGUCCGUGAAGACCACAUAGAGAUGGCAGAGUUUCUUCUGAAGGAGAGUUCUGAUGUGAACUCUGUGGACCAGGAUCAAAGAUCACUGCUGAUGUUAGCUGCUGGAAAUGGACAGAUCAGUAUGGUGAAGCUGCUGCUGCACUUUGAUGCAGACAUCACACUCAAGGACGCCAAAGGACUUUUAGCAGAUAACUAUGCUGCGAUGAACGGCCAUCAUCCCUGUUCCCUCCUGAUCAUAGAACAUGGAACCCAGAAGACCAAUGGGGCUUCAGCGUCUCAACGAGGUCAGAAGACAAAGAAGAGAACAACGUUGGCCAGCUCCUCCCACGAUGUAGAAGCAGGCUUCUCUUUGGGAGGACCAGCCAUUGACAAAGAGGAGCAUGGAGCAAAUGAAGCAGGGGGAGACUUUGAGGAUAAUUCUCAGUCAGAGUCCUUAAGUCGACUUUCAAAAAGUGCUGCUGAUGAAUGGCCCUCAUCGGAGGAAGAGGAUGAAUCUGCUUUAGUUGACAAGAGAGGGCUCAAAGUAAAUCUGAGCAAAAUGAUUGAAUCCAAAAAAGGGAAAGCUGAGAAAAAACGGCAACAUUCAAGCUCCCAGGAGGACAGCUCAGUCGGGGAAAACUCUGAGGAAGAAGAGGAUGAGGAAGAAGAAGAAGAAGAGGAGGAGGAGGAGGAGGAUGAAGAAGAAGAAGAAGAGGAGGAAGAUGAAGAAAGUGAAGAAGAGGAGGAGAAUGAAGAAGACGAUCCGGUUGUUGACAAAGUCAAUGAUGCUGCUGUUGUCCACGGUGACCCCAGCACUUCUGAAGGACUAACAGCUUCUGUUUCUGGGGUUCUCGACGUCGGUCUCGGUCCUGAGCCAUCAGGGGGGGGCAAGCAUGAAAGAGAUGACGAGAAAAAGGCCAAAGCAGAUGCCGAAGACACGGACCUCCCUGGAUUAGGUAGAAUUUCUGUUGUUCCAGCAACGCUCUCUGUCGUGGGGGACUGCAUCGUCUCUGCCAUCAGAGUAGAAUCCAAGUUUUCUGAUGAAGAUGAGAGCCCCGGAAAGGACAUUCUACGAUUAACUGGUCAAAGCAUAAACCCUCAAGGCCCUUUGCUUAGACAUGUCACCGAGUCUCAGUUUCCCCAUGAAGCUGAAGAUGAAGAAUCUGAGAGAGAUGUGGAGAAUGAUUCCCAAAACAGCGGAGAUAAAUCCUGGAACGACAGUGAAAGAGAAGAGCAAACUAAGCCAGAAGGAUUGAUGAGCAGUUUGAUUGAUUUUCAAAGAAACCUGUUGGAGAAAAUUGAUAAAGAAAUUACAAGGAAUCCAUCAGAUGAAGAAGAUGUUCAAUCAGAUCAGGUACGGGAGGAGAAACAAAAGUCGUCAUGGGGCUCAUCAUCGGAGGGCAGCGACGCCGACCUGCCCGAUGAGAGUGAAGGAAAGGCGGAGCUAAAGACUGAAGCAGCAGAGGUCCAGCUACAGAUACUGUCACUGCUUUCUACUUCCCCAGUGGAUCCAACUAAAGACCAGCUGAGCCAUUCUUCUCCUCACUCUACAAACAGACCCGGUGUAGACGGUCCAGAUGAUUCAGAGUGGGAUUCUUCCAAAAAUAAUGUCGGUUCUGUUGUAAAAGCUCAAGCAGCGUCACAGGAUUCAAAUGUUGUGACGUCCAAACAAACCGAAGAACGCUCUUCAGCAGAUGAUGAAAGCCUUGAGAAAGAGCCAGAUGACCCCUCUCCUGUGGUGUCAGAGGCACCUGAGGAUGAUGAGACCACCAGAAACCAAGUCUUAGAUGAGGACGAUGCAGAAAUGGAAGAAAAAUCCCACUCUGGGGGUGAAAAAGAAGACAGCUGGAAUGAUGAAGAAGAGGAAUCCCUGUCCAACUUGAACAAAUUACCUUCAGGACAGGUUGAGCCCACAGUGGAAACAGAGGGAUAUGGGGCUGAAGGCUGUGAAGGGAACCAAGCGUUGGCCCCCUCAGUCUGUGUCAGAAAGGACGGCUCUGCGGCGGGUGUAAAGUCUCAGGAGUGGAGGGAGGACUCGGACAGCAAGCAUCACAUACUGCAGAACGACUUUGGCGGGGCCUCGAUCGAAAUGCUCUGUGACAGAGAAGAUCCUCCUCCUUCAACCGAUGGAUGCACAGACCUCCCCGCCAAGCUGACAGCUUUUAUCCCACUCAAAUUUAAAGGAGCCGAGCCGUCAGCGGAUGAAAGGGAGACAGGAAGACACUGGUUUUCAAGUCCUCCCUCAAAUGAUGUCGACACCAACGGUUCAGAGAACGAUGAGGCGUUACCUCAAACUGACAUCGAUGACGUUGAUUUGGACUCACCUGGUGAGGCUGAUAUUUCAGAAGCCCACCAAGUCAGAAAUAUUAACGAAACUGGCAUUCAGAGAGACAAUUCUAGUGAAGAUGAGGAUGAUACUGACAAGGCCAAGGGAGGAGACGAGGAGGAAGAUGUUGAAGACAUGUCAGAAGAGGAGCCCGGAGGUGAUGGGGGGGGCCCUGAAGCCACUGCAGCCCCUCCUGAAGAAGAAGAGUUCAAAGAGAAGAAAAGAGAUUUUCUGUCAGAGCUGGGUCUGGAGAAGGAUGAGGAAGAGGAGGAUUCCUGGGACUCUGAGUCUCACUCUGAAAACUCUAACACCCCACACAAAGAGGAGCAGCGUUUACAAGCUCUCGAUCAGGAGACGUCCUCCACGGGAGCUCAAGAACACUUGUUUUACAUUCCUUCUUUUUUAAGAGGGAAGGAGGGAUGUAGGAGUGUAGGCAGGACCAAAGGCAGCAAGGAAGAGGCUGGAAAAAGCAGACAUGAGAAAAAUGUGGAGGAAACUUUUGAUGAAGAUGUUCCCAAACAGAAAGGGAAUGGGAAGGCAAACUGGCAACCGCUGAAUGUGCUACGGAAACUUGAGAUCGAUCAGAAGAAAGACCUGAUGGAAGAGCUUGGCUUGGGUGAAUUCGAUGAUUUUGAAGCACAAAAACGAGAUUCCUCCGACUGGGACUCUACCAGUACAGCCAGUAAAACGGCCCUAUCCGCCCAAGGAAUGGCUUCCGCCGGGCCUAGAGACCCCGGAGCUUCCAGUCCAGCUCCUGAUGACUCCCUUCCUGCCGCAGAAAUGACACCUCAGAGGAGCUCUGAGAAGAGACGGCCCAACACGCCAUCCAAGUCCGGCCCCCAGCCGCAACCUCGUGCCAGAAAGAGGCUUCUUCUGAAACCAGACAGUGAACAAGAAUCAGAUUGGGAAUCAGACAAAGGGACCUCCUCCUCCCAAGCUUCAUCACCUGACAGGAACAAGGAUCAGCCUGUCACAGCUGUGAAACACAGUUCCUCUGGAGAUGAAGAGAAGACAACUGACACAAAAGCCACCAGAGAAUUUAGAGAAAAUCUGCAAAAGGCUGACACAGAUACAGUUCUGGCCAAAGCGAAGCUUCAAGAAUCAAACGCUUCCUGUGAGGCUGAUGGAAAACCAUCAGAGGAGAAACCUGAGUCACCUGACCUAUCCGGUGAGGCGGAAGAAGCUGAUGAGGAACAGCAUCCUGUUGCUCCCAGCAGCACCAGCCUGGCUCCUCUGCAAAUGCACAUCCCGGUCCAGCAGGCUGUAGACGCAGCGUUACGUCAGGAGCUGGUCGGGGGGGCCCGGCACAGCAGAGCCCCUCAGACCAGCGUGGGCGUUAACGGGAACCCGCUGUCUGUGUUUGACGAUAGCUCUCUAAGUGAAGAGUCGGACGAGGAAAGAAGGCUGCAAAGUGCCGAACAACAGAAAAGCAAGAACCCUGAAGAAAUGGAGAUGGCGGAAGAUUUCGAUGAGCUCACUCAGUCGUCAGACACGGCCACAGACGACAUCGACUCCUCGGGCUACCAUCAUGCAUCACUUCUCGUUCAGAAGCUCGACUCAGCCACUUUGGACCCGACCAGCAUUGCAAAGCUGCAGAAUAUUUUCCAUGAAUACGAGCGCUCCAUCCAAAAGGUGAGGAGUCGUCAUGGUUACCUGUCAGACAAGGUGAACCAGCUAGAUGCGGAGAGGGCGGAGCUAAAGAACUCUCUGGAAGAAGUCAAAGAUGCAAAGUCUGCUCUGGAACGAAACCAGCUGGAGCUGCAGACUGAAGUUACAAACCUCAAAUUCCAGCUGAAACAAGAGCAGGAGAACCGGCGCAAUUCCGAAAUCAUGUACAACACCACCAGAGAUAAGCUGAGGAGAACGGAGGAGCAGCAUCAGCUGGAUCUUCAGGACAAGCAGCAGGUGGAGCUGACGCUAAGAAACCUGGAGCUGGAGAUGAGAACGCUCAUAAGUGACAUGAAGCGGCUGGAGGAGGAACACAGCGAGACUCAAAGGUUGCUGACUCAGGAGCGCAGCGCACGGACACUGCAGGAAAACCUGCUGAACGGCCAUCUGAGAAGACAGCAAGAGAUGGAGGAGGAGAACAAGAGGAGCAUGAGCAGAAGCAACGAGGCUUUGUCUCAACUCACUGAGGCCAGUGACCGGGAGAGGGAGCUCCUGCAGCAGAUCUCUGCCUUACAGGCACAGCUGACCGUCCUGAGGACCGACCUGGACAGGUCCCAGUCCAACGGGAACCUCAGGGAAAACCAGCUGCAGGAGGAGAACGAGGCCCUCAAGGAAAAGCUGGAAGAUGUCCAACGGGAUCUCAAACUUAGCAAUGAAGCCGUGACCCAAACGAUUUACAGCUGCAAUAACCAGCUGACUGUGCUCAAGUCUGAGCUGACCAAGACUGCAAACCGUCUGGAAAGUGAGCGUCAGGUCCGCGAGUCUCUGGAGGCGGAGGUGGAGUCGACCCGGAGCCGCCUGACUGGAGCGUUGAAGGAGGUUGAUCUUCGGCUGGCAGCUCAUUCUGAGGCGGAAAAGGCUUUGCUCCGGGAGAAGGAGGAGCACCAACGUCUCAAAGACAAGCUCAAGGGUGAAGCAGCGAGUCAGCGCGAUGCCGUCGGCAGCCUGUCCCAGAAGCUGGCCAAAGCAGAAGCUCACGAGAACAGCCUGGAGAACGAGCUUCACCGGGUCACGCUGCAGCUCACAGAGAAGAGCCUGCUUCUGGAUGUCCUUCAGCGGGAGAAGGAGCAGGCGGCCGCACGUGUGAAGGAGCUGGAAGCGGCGCUGCAGGCGGAGAGAGAGUCGGGCAGCCGAGCCGCGGCACGCCAGGAAGCGGCACAGGAGCGACUGGCCCAGGCUCAGAGCGACGCCAUGCUGCUGAGGCAACAGCUGGAGGAAGCCCAAAACAAAGGCUCUGCCAAGGAGCGAGCUGUGACCGAUGCUCAAGAGCGCUUCAGCGACAUCCUAUCCAAGCUGCGCUCCGACUGUGAGGAGAGGGUUCAGCUGGUGGAGGACAGGAAUAAGGAGCUCGCCAGCAAAGCUGCUGACCUCUGUGACAAGAUUUACAAGCUGGAGGAAGAGAAGAGUGACAGAGAGACAAACCUGCGGCAGCUGCAGCAAGAGUUAGCCGACUCUCUGAAGAAGCUGUCGAUGAGCGAAGCCUCUCUGGAGGUCAAUACUCGCUAUCGCAGCGACCUGGAGGAGGAGAAGACUCGGCUUCUCAGAGACCUGGACAGGCUCAAAGCAAAGCUGGAGGAAAGUGAAGACCAGUUUGUGCAGGCGGAGAGACGAGUCCACAACCUGAAGAGCAGCUUGAAUGAGAAGGAGCAGGAGCUCGGCACUACCGCUCAGAAACUGCAGGAGGCGCUGUCUUCCUCUGCGGCAACAGCUCUCACCAUCAAACAGCUGGAGGAGGCACUGCAAAAACUGGAGAUAGAAAAUGCCAAGCUAGAAGCAGCUGCUAAGCAACAGACGAGUAAAAUCGAGGCUCUGCAGAAAGAAGCUGAGGAAGCUGUGAAGCUAACUGACUGCUCACCUGGAGGAGGGGUCCGUGGUCAUCUGGAGGGCUUGGUAACAAACCUGCAGACCAGUAAGAUGACUUUAGAGGAACAGCUCAGCAAGGAGGUCCAGAAGCAAAGCUUGAUGUCUCACACAGCCCAGGACUCUCAGGCGCUGUGGGAGGAGGAGCUAAAGAGCCGCUCCAAGUUAGGAUUGCGUCUGGCAGAGCUUGAAAAGGAAAAAGGGGAACUGAGCGCCCAGAUGGAGGUGGAAAAGAAGAAGGUGAAAAAGGUCUCUGAGCAGAAAAAGGCUGUGGACACCCGCCUUGAUCAGGAGAUGAAGAGAAACGCAGAGCUUCAGAAAGAAAUGUACAGGCUGAGGACUCUGCUGAAGACAGCGAAGAAGAAGCUGCGGGAUCAGGACAUGGGCGCUGCAGAGUUCCUCUCUCCGUCCAGCAGUCUUCGGAUGGAGCACGGCAGACACAGCCAGGCUGACGGACGAGUGCAGGACAGGGUGGAGGAUUUGCAGGUGCAGCUGCAGAGGGAAGCAUCUCGAUGUAACCAGCUGGAGCGAAUGAACGGAGAGCUCAAGAACCAGGUGGAGUCCCUGAGAAGCACGAGCCAUCACAGCGAGCAGCUGGAGAGGAGCAAGCAUCAGCUGGAGGAGGAGGUUCUGAAUCUGAGGCGCCGCAUGGAGGCCACCCAGGCUGAGCACAGCCAGGUGGAGCAGCUCCGCCGCGACGCGGAGGAGCGGAUCCGGCAGGAGGUGCAGCACAAGCUGGAGCAGGUCAACCUCUUCCUGCAGACCCACGCCGCUUCUCAGGAGGCGCUGGAUCAGAUCAGAGCGGCCAACGAGGCCAGCCUGCGCUCUCAGCUCGAGCAGAAGAUCCGGGAGCUGGAGGCGGAACUGGGGCGGGCCCGUAACUCCCAACAGGACAGCCUGACGCAAAGAGACUCCACCCGCUCCGAGCUGGAGCGCUUCAAGCAGCUGCACUCGGAGGAGCUGCGCCUCCGCAAGUCCCUGUCUGCCAAACUGGAGAGGGCCAACAGCCGGCUGGCAGAAGCCAACUCCAAGCUGCUGAACGAGCGCAGUAGGUCUCUCAUCAGCAGCAACAUGGCAAACGGGAGCCUGCUCGGACCGCCGCUGGACCUCAGCUCUUUGGCUUCACCAGCAAACUACGGGCAGCUGAACAGGAACGCCAGCCUGGGGCUUUCCCUCCUCAACCCUGCGCCUGAUGGCCAGCGCAGCGGCGUGGACGACUAUCUGGCGAAGAUGCUGGGGGAGUUGGACCGCAGCAUCUCCAAAGAAUUAGGCAAAGCCAACACGGAACUAGACGCCGCCUGUACGCGCAUGUCAUCUGUAGGCUCCGCCUCCAGAGGGGAGCUGGACCCCCUGAGCCGAGCGACGCAAGAAUACCUGGAGGUCCUGAAGAAGAACCGAAGCCUCUGAGUCCACGGCUCAGCUGCUCACACGCAUUCCUCUGGAAACAAACAAAAGCCAACACUAAUGUGUUUUGACUGAAACUCCCUUUGUGGUUUAUUUGGUUUGUCCUGAACUGAACCAGAUGACAGCUCUCUGCAUCGGAGAGCAGAAGUCUGGGAUGUCCGUGAUGACCAUGAAUGCAUCAUAGCAUUUCGUGCAUCCCUGACGCUAACGCACACCACACUUAUGCACUCAGGAGGGAACGGCACAAGGAUUGUCGAUUUCAGCUGCAUGUUUGUAAGUAUUUCUCAUUGUUUCGCCAACAUAUGGAUGUCGGUACGUGCCAUCAGAUGGUGCAAUAUCCUCUCCCCUCCAACCUGUAGUGUUUUCUUAUUUUUGUUAUUUUAUUUAUGAAUUAAUCCCAUUGAUAUACUUGAAUUUGACGACUGGAAUCUUCUCCAGAUGAAGAAACGGUUUGUUUAAAAUACUGUAAGAACAGCAGCUUUUACAUGUCAUGUCAGGUUGGUGCCACUAGGUGGCAGUCUCAGAGAUUUGUGGACUAUAUUUUGGGGGCCAGUUAUUGGUUUGUUUUUCCGAGUUGAGGUGUGAUUCUUAUUUGUGAUGCCCCAGUCAUAGGAAGUGAUAUUUAUGCCACCACAUUGUAAACAGAACGUUUUAAGUAGCAAAUGAAAAUAUUAAAUAUUUGUUUUCAAAAACUGUU